AUGAUAGCGACAGACAGAUUUCUCGAGCGAGAGAUCCUGAUCAACCGCGACCGCAAAAAGAAGGAGAAAAUAUGGCCUGCGGGAAUUGGGAGAGAAGAAAAGAGCGCGGGCUGUGCGGCCCGCGCCCCAGCCCGCGAGGCCCGAAUACCCUCACUAUCCAGAGCCCACGAGAAGUCCAUCCAGCCCGAUGUCGGCCUGCCCUCCACCUGCCUUGGGCCAGCCCUGCUCCGCGGCCCAAAUGAUGUGAUUCUGGAGAAGUACUAUCCGCAGGAGUACAUUAUGCAGAUGCAGUACGAAUUCUGGAACCUUAAGCAGGAGGCCCGGACAGUCGGGGACGAGGCCCAGGGACGCUCCAAGGUGCCCAGAUCUGGUCCAGCAUGCUCAGAACUUGCCCAGCUUGCUCCGGGCAGUCCAGCUACAUUCAGGUGGAUCUAA